AUUUGCUGUUACAUUAUAUAAUGACAAGAAUGAUGAGCAAAAAAGAAUCAUACUAUUAAUAUAUCAUUCUAAGAAUAUGGAGUCCCAAAGCUUCACUCAAGAGCAAGGGAAAGUCCCAGCUCAAGAUAAAAAUUCAGGCCAAGGCUUGGGCAAUGUGUUGUGCAAGACGGGUAAAGGUUGGACAUGUGUUAUAACUAAGACUGAAGGGCCUGAUGCAGGCAAAGUUUUUGCUAAAUGUGGUGAAAAUUGCAAUUGCACGCUUGAUGGUGGAGCUGGGUCACCAGUUAUUGAGAGUAGCAGUGACAAUGGCAGUGAAACAUUCUGCAAAUGUGGUGAAGGGUGGAGUUGUUCCAUUUUCAAAACUGAAGGCCCUGGUGUAAACUCUGGCAAGGGCUUUGCUGAAUGCACUCAACAGUAUAACUGUGCUUGUAACUGUUGAUUCUGAUAGACCAAUUGACCCCUAUUCUGCUAUUGGUCUGUAGAAAAAAAUGUUGCUACAUGUUUGUAACUUAAGCAGCAGUGUGUAUGUUUGGUUGUGUGAUCUAAAAAUAAAUAAAUUGGUAUGCAUUAUUUCAGGUUAAAAAUGAGUUGAUGUAAACAUUUAUUUAUGUUUCGAUACAUUCAUAUAAAAAAAAUUGAACGUUA